UUGUAAAUUUUCAAGCUUAUUAUACAAAUCAAACAGAGAAACUUUGCGAUGGUUUUGUUGUUCCAACACAAAAUGUUGCUACUAUGGAUCGUAGUGCUACUGUUACAGAAGGUGUUUGUAGAACUCGAAACGCUUUAUUAAAUGGUGAUACAUUAAAUUAUGACUGGGAUAGUGGAUAUACGUGUCAUCAACUUGGUUCUGGAUCUAUUUUAGUACAGCUUGGACAACCAUAUAUUAUAGAUUCUAUGAGGUUAUUAUUAUGGGACUGUGACAAUCGUUCAUACUCAUAUUACAUAGAGGUAUCUGGUAAUUGUUGGAAUUGGACUCUUGUUGCUGACAGAACUAGAGAAGCUUGUCGUUCUUGGCAAACUAUUCACUUUGAACCACCUCGCCCUGUUGUUUUUAUACGCAUUGUUGGAACACAUAAUACAGCAAAUGAGGUUUUUCACUGUGUCCACUUUGAGUGUCCUGCUCAAACAAAUGAUAAAGAUAUAACUAAAUCUCCAAUUCAUAAAGGAAAACCACCAACACCUAAUAAUUCACCUCCUCCGGAAACAGCUACAGAAGCAGUAAAUAUCGAUCAUGAAGAAACAAAUUCUAGUUAUAAUAAUGCUUGUUCAUAGUUGUCCUUUGUUUGACUAAUUUCUUAAAAAGAAAUGCUACAUAAAAUUCGACCAGUACUAAUUCAACGACACAUUGAGUCUCAACUUUCAUUUUUGAAUACUACAUAUGUUAAUUUCACAUGUUAAACUCUUACAAGUUUGUAUAAUAUUAAAUAAGUUAUUAUUGUAAAAAUAGUUGUAAAAUACAUUUUUUGAUUAAA